AUGAAGACAAGUAAAACCAUUCAGUGUGGAAAGUACUUCAAAUAUAGAUCACAGUUUUCUGUGAAGCAAAGAAUACACAGAGGAGAGAAACCUUCAGAGUGUGGAAAGAAAUUCAAUCAGAGUAGAAAUCUCCAACAGCAAAGAAUAUGCAAAGAUGAUAACCGUUUUGAAUGCUCUGAGUGUGGAAAGAGAUUCAGUAGCAAUGGCCAUCUUCAACGGCAUCAGCGAACCCACACAGGUGAGAAACCAUUUGAAUGCUCAGAGUGUGGAAUGAGAUUCAGUCAGAGUGGCAAUCUUCAACAGCAUCAGCGAACCCACACAGGUGAGAAACCAUUUGAAUGCUCAGAGUGUGGAAAGAGAUUCAGUAGCAAUAGCCAUCUUCAACGGCAUCAGCGAACCCACACAGGUGAGAAACCAUUUGAAUGCUCAGAGUGUGGAAAGAGAUUCAGUAGCAAUGGCCAACUUCAACAGCAUCAGCAAACCCACACAGGUGAGAAACCAUUUGAAUGCUCAGAGUGUGGAAAGAGAUUCAGUAGCAAUGCCCAACUUCAACGGCAUCAGCGAACCCACACAGGUGAGAAACCAUUUGAAUGCUCAGAGUGUGGAAUGAGAUUCAGUCAGAGUGGCAAUCUUCAACAGCAUCAGCGAACCCACACAGGUGAGAAACCAUUUGAAUGCUCAGAGUGUGGAAAGAGAUUCAGUCAGAGUGGCAGUCUUCAGUAUCAUCAAAGAACCCACACAGGGGAGAAACCUUUUGAAUGCUCAGAGUGUGGAAAGAGAUUCCGUCAGAGUUGCAGUCUUCAGUAUCAUCAAAGAACCCACACAGGGGAGAAACCUUUUGAAUGCUCAGAGUGUGGAAAGAGAUUCUGUCAGAGUGGCGAACUUAAAAAGCAUCAAAGAUCCCACACAGGUGUGAAACCUUUUGAAUGCUCAGAAUGUGGAAAGAGAUUCAGUCACAGUGGCCAUCUUCACCAACAUCAGAUAACCCACAGAGGUGAGAAACCUUUUGAAUGCUUAGAGUGUGGAAUGAGAUUCAAUCGGAGUGGUAGUCUUCAACAGCAUCAAAGAUCCCACACAGGUGAGAAACCUUUUGAAUGCUUAGAGUGUGGGAAAAGAUUCAGUCGGAGUGGUAGUCUUCAACAGCAUCAAAGAUCCCACACAGGUGAGAAACCUUUUGAAUGCUUAGAGUGUGGAAAGAGAUUCAGUCACAGUUCCAGUCUUCAAGAGCAUCAUAGAACCCACACAGGGGAAAAACCUUUUGAAUGUUCAGAGUGUGGGAAGAGAUUCAGUAAGAGUCGCAAACUUCAAGAGCAUCAUAGAACCCACACAGGGGAAAAACCUUUUGAAUGCUUAGAGUGUGGAAAGAGAUUCAGUCGGAGUGGUAAUCUUCAAGAGCAUCAUAGAACCCACACAGGGGAAAAACCUUUUGAAUGUUCAGAGUGUGGGAAGAGAUUCAGUAAGAGUCGCAAACUUCAAGAGCAUCAUAGAACCCACACAGGGGAAAAACCUUUUGAAUGCUUAGAGUGUGGAAAGAGAUUCAGUCGGAGUGGUAAUCUUCAACGGCAUCAAAGAUCCCACACAGGUGAGAAACCUUUUGAAUGCUCAGUGUGUGGAAAGAGACUCAGUUGGAGUGGGAAUCUUCACCAACAUCAGAGAACCCCCAAAGGUGAGAAACUUUUUGAAUGUUCAGAGUGUAGGAAGAGAUUCAUUACAAGUGGUCAUCUUCAAGAGCAUCAAAGAACCCACACAGGGGAAAAACCUUUUGAAUGCUCAUUGUGUGGAAAGAGA